AUGUCGUUUUUUGGUUUCGAUACCACGCUUCCUAACGAUCGUCUUCCGCCACAGGAGUCGAGGGGUAUCUUCGAAACCCCAGAUCCUUUCGCCGAAGUUGCUCGCGCCACAGCACAUGGGUUCCAUGGCGAUGACGAUGCAAUUGAUUUUGAGGAUACCUAUGAUGGACUGGGAGACCGCCUUGACGAGACCCAAGAUGCCUUCAACGACGACACCUUCGGGGCCGCCGCGGGGGAUGAGGGAAAGCCUGUGGGGAAAGACUUUGACUUCUUCGGCCAAACUGCGCAGAUGACCAAUGUUCUUGGUGAAGAGCAAGUGAUAUACAAUCUGAAGCACCAAAAAGACACCCCCAAAGCCUCGGCACCGUUGCAUGAGCCUUCGAAGCCGAAAAGGACGGGCUACGAGCCUUAUCAGGAUCCCGGAUAUAUACCAGAAAUCCAAGCCAAGUCGAGUGUCUGGGGGACGGGGAUAACGCAAAAGUCAAAGCCAGUAGAACAGGCUCAGGCGGUUGUUGCUCCAGCCCGAAAGAUGAUGAGUUUGGAGGAAGUCGAAGCGCAAAUGCGCGCGCAGACUCAGAGACCCCAGCCCAAAGCUGAACCUCCGGCUUCUCUCCCGUCGCAGCAGUUUCCCAUCAACGCUUCGCAACCCAUGCCACUCAACCUCCGUGCUCAAGAGGCCCCCAUUCCUCAUCCAGACAAUUUUGCACACUUUCAACAAAAGGACUUUCCGCCCUUAAGUCAACAUCAGCAAUAUCCGCAAUUCGGCGGCUACGGGCCUUUACCGCAAGACCUCCAGCGGCAACAGCUGCGGCCUCUUCAGGAGCGGUCAAGACAAAACGCUCCAAUUCAGGUCCUUCAGCAUCAAAACCGUGCCAUGAACAUUCCUCAGAGACCUACCGGACCUCAAGUUCAAGGCCAUUUUCCGCAGACUCAACCACCGCCAAACACAGCUGGCCAACUUCCAUCGAUUGCCGCGAUGCACCCACAAUUCAUGCAGCUUCCGGAAGAACAGCGUAAAGCUUUGUUAGCAGAAGACGCCAAACGCGCCAAAAGGAACCAUAAGAUCCAUCUUCUUUCCAAAGGAAACGGAUUAAUGACUCCGCAAGAUAAGAAUUUUAUUACCCGAAUCCAACUACAACAGCUGGUAUCGGCAACUGGAAAUACUGGGGAGACCGACCAUGACUCCCUCUUGUCAGAGGAUUUCUAUUAUCAAGUAUAUAGCCAAAUCCGCGGUGCUCCUCGGCAGCAUCCUCGGCAACCUCUUGGUCAUUUUGCCCAAACCUACCUUUUCCAAACUGGGAACCGCUCUGGCAACAAUUCGGGCAGAAGACAGUACCAAAACGCAGACAACCAUAUGCAACGGAUGCAACAACAAGUCCAGCGCGCUGUUGAAGCGGCGAAACUCCGCCCUAAAAAUAAGCAGCUCAUAAUUGAAGGGAGCUUAGGAAAGAUUUCAUUCAGCAACGCUAAAACCCCGAGGACACUUCUUAAUAUCAAGCGCCCUGACAGCGCGGACGGCCAUAAACCAACCAACGUUAGAAAGGCAGCUCAUACCGGCUUGAGCCCCAGUGAUCGAAAAUCCAUUUUACAUAACAUCGAAAGUACAUACGAUACCCUAAUGAAAAUGGAUGAUCAUGAACGCAGAAUGCCACCCACACCAGAUGCAGAAGACGCGGAAGCUGUUGAGAAGCAUUUGGAGUGGAGACAGAAAAGGGAGGCUUUGAAUCAAAAGCUAUGGACGGAUAUGAAGGUCCAUGAACCCAUUUUCCCCGGAUCUCCAACGACACAUCCUUUUAUUGCAUUCUUGUCUUACCCUAAGGGCAAGAAGGCUAUCCCCCGGAUUUUCCGCCACAUUGAUCAGGAACAGCGGGUAACAAUCCUCACUAUGAUCAUUGUCCAUUUGGACACCUUGGAUGUGAUACAGCGGGCUCAAUUACAGCCAGGAGAAAUCCAACCUCCUGGCCCAGUCCGUGAAGAGAUUGACUUGUUUUCACAAGCUGUUAUGCCGAGUUUGUUAAGUUACGUCAACGAAGCUCCUCUCAAGAUCAUUAUUGGAUUACUCGGCCUCCUUGUCUUCCGUACAAACGUUCACGCAGUUUCCAAAACGCGGAUCGGCCUCGGCAUCCUGACCAUGUUGUUGAGCCGUGGAGAGUUGGUUAAAGAAACGGGCGCAGUGGAGGAUGAAGAAUUGAAACAAUGGAUGGACUUGUAUAACAAGUUCUUUGACCGCCUGGAGCCAAUUCUGGGCAGCAUUUUCCCUGGCUCCAUCAAUAGCGGCGACGAUAUAUACGUGUGGCAAUUCCUUGCAGCCGUUGGCAUUGGAGCAAGCCCAGAACAGCAGCAACGGCUAGUAAUUGCUGUUAAGGACCGAGUUAUGGAAACUGUCUCUCAGAGCAAAACAUUGCCAGCUGAUAUGGCGAGUCAGCGACUGGGUAAUGUCAACCUGUUCAUGCGUGCUAUUGGACUUGAUGUUGAGCUUUUGGGAUGA